AUGGCGGCCUCUACUUCCCUUGACCAUCUCUCCAACCCUUCCAAGAUGUUGUGGCACUCCAAGCUCAACACGGAGAUGGUCCCCAUGAAGAACUUCCGCCGCACCUCCAUCAUCGGCACCAUUGGACCCAAGACCAAUGCCGUCGACAAGAUUAACGCCCUCCGCACAGCUGGUCUCAAUGUCGUUCGUAUGAACUUCUCCCACGGCUCAUAUGAGUACCACCAAUCCGUCAUCGACCACUCCCGCGAAGCUGCGCGCGUCCAGACCGGUCGCCCCCUCGCCAUUGCCCUUGACACCAAGGGCCCCGAGAUCCGCACGGGUAACACCGUCGGCGACAAGGACAUCCCGAUCAAGGCUGGCACGGAGCUCAACAUCACGACCGAUGAGCAAUACGCCACGGCGAGCGACGACAAGAACAUGUACCUCGACUACGCGAACAUCACCAAGGUGAUUGCCCCCGGCAAGCUCAUCUAUGUGGACGACGGCAUUCUGUCGUUCGAGGUGGUCAGGGUGGUGGACGAUAAGACCCUGCGGGUCAAGUGUCUGAACAACGGCAACAUUUCCUCGCGCAAGGGUGUCAACCUGCCCGGCACUGACGUAGACCUCCCCGCUCUGUCGGAGAAGGAUAUUGCCGAUCUGAAGUUCGGUGUCAAGAACAAGGUCGAUAUGAUCUUUGCAUCGUUCAUCCGUCGCGGAAGCGAUAUCCACCACAUCCGUGAUGUGCUCGGCGAGGAGGGCAAGGAGAUUCAGAUCAUUGCAAAGAUUGAGAACCAACAGGGAGUAAACAACUUCGAUGAGAUCCUGGAGGCCACUGAUGGUGUUAUGGUCGCCCGUGGUGACCUCGGUAUUGAGAUCCCCGCGCCCAAGGUCUUCCUUGCGCAGAAGAUGAUGAUCUCCAAAUGUAAUAUGGCUGGCAAGCCCGUCAUCUGCGCCACGCAGAUGCUCGAGUCGAUGACAUACAACCCGCGCCCGACUCGCGCCGAGGUGUCGGAUGUUGCCAACGCCGUCCUCGAUGGUGCCGACUGUGUCAUGCUGUCCGGCGAGACCGCCAAGGGCAACUACCCAUGCGAGGCCGUGACCAUGAUGCACGAGACCUGUCUGCUGGCUGAGGUUGCCAUCCCGCACUUCCAGGUGUUCGACGAGCUGCGCACCCUGGCUCCCCGCCCCACCGAGACUUCCGAGUCGAUCGCCAUGGCUGCCGUCAGCGCCAGUCUGGAGCUGAACGCUGGCGCCAUUGUCGUCCUGACCACCAGUGGUAAAACCGCCCGCCUGCUGUCGAAGUACCGCCCCGUCUGCCCCAUUCUGAUGGUCACUCGCAACGCACGCGCCUCUCGGUAUUCGCACCUGUACCGCGGCGUCUGGCCCUUCCUCUUCCCGGAGAACAAGCCCGACUUCAACGUCAAGAUCUGGCAGGAAGAUGUCGACCGCCGUCUGAAGUGGGGUAUCGGCCACGCUCUCAAGAUGGGCCUGAUCAACAAGGGCGAUCCCAUCGUCUGCGUUCAGGGCUGGCGCGGCGGCAUGGGCCACACCAACACCGUGCGUGUCGUGCCCGCCGAGGAGAACCUGGGUCUGGAUCCCGAGCUCAACUAG